AUGGAUGAUCCGGUUUUGUCAGUUACGGAGCUCACAGAAGCUGAAAUUCAAGAGCUUCGUAAAACAGAUGCUUGGUUACCCUCUGAAACCACUCGGCAAUGCCUCUUAGAGAAUAAUAAAUCUGUUUCAAAUUCGACAAUGCCUCGAAUUAUCGCUCCCCCUGCUCCAAUCGAUAUUACAGAUCCUCUGAGACGUGAACUGACAAUCCGAUAUCGUUCUGAGUCGAAAGCUGACUCAAUCCGCCCUGUUAUUACUGCUGAUAUGGUUUCUCAGGAUACCGAUGGCUUAAUGGACCUAAUUAUAGAGUUUAUUGAAUGCGAUUUCUCCUUCCAUUUGCCAUUUCUCUCUCAAAUUGUACCUAUCCAUUUGGAUCAGGAUAAUCUUUGGCCUCGCCCGUGGUAUGAUGUCCUCACAACUUGGUGA